UAUUCUAGCUGGAGAGUCACUUUUUAGAUCGUAUUAAAUACAUAUUUUCGAUGGCAAAUGUGAAUCAUAGAGUCAAUACUGUCGAACCGUGAGCGGUCCAUGAGAAUAAUUUUGGGACUGGCUCUGGGGUCACCCUGUCCAAACAAACCCGUAAGCACAUGUCUUGAAGCGUCAAGCCCAUUCCAAUGCAACAACAACAAACACACGUGUAUCACCUUUAUCUAGUGCAUUAGUGUUAUUGUUAAAGAAAGAUUAUAUAGUCAGCGAGUGGACCACCCCCUGAAGUAGGCGCCAACCCUCGGUCUAUUUCACUCCAACGUCACCAUGACGCUCUCCACCUCCGCCCCGAAUGGCAGUUUAGCCGUGUCCGAGGUCGAGAAACGGACCAAAGUGCCGGGACUAUCCCGCUUUUUGGCCUAUGAUCUGACCUUAAACUUAACUUGUGCCGCCCUCAAGUUGAAAGCCGCCCAAAAGCGAUGGUCCGACCAUUGGCAACCCCUUUUAGCCCGCGGUUUGUCGGGUGUGGCUGCCAUGAGCCAGCCGAGUUGGAGCCAGAGACCCUCGGGCUGGUGCUUGACCUUGGGUUUGCGCUGGAUAAGCGAUCGCUGGCCUGCCCACAAUGUCCUUAUCGGACCGCUAGCCGGACCCGAUUCCAGCUCGGCCCAAGCCUUCACCCAGCUCUGGGGCCCGAAAAUGUGUCAAUUGCGACGCUUUGAAGAUGGGGCCAUUCGCGAGUCGGUGGAGCUCUAUAAUCCUCGCGGUCCCAUGUAUUUUCCGGUGGCGAUCAUGGAACAUCUCUUUCAGGUUCAUGGCCCAGCCCAGCCCGUGCACAUCGAGGUAAUGCGGCUGGAUCCCGACGAAUCGCUUCUGCCGCGUUCAUUUCAGACCCACGACGAGAUGAAGGAGGUUCGACAAGCCAUGGACAGUUUGUCGCAAAUGUUAAUAGCCCAAGCUGACCCGGCUCUGCCAUUGCGACGAGCUCGCGGUCAAGCCGCGUGUUUACAUUAUGGUGGGGAUGCCGCGUCGUACCGCGCACCCGAGAAAUAUAACCCAAAUACGAUGCAGGCCCAAUCGGGCCGAUAUGAGCUCAAGUUGGAAGCCAAGAUGUGUCCGUCCGAGUGUCGAGCGAUUCCAGUGAUAUUGGAUAUCACGCAUCGGAAAAAUAUGCGCCAAGAGUUGUUUGAGAAAUUACGUCUGGCGUAUUUGUUGAAUGUAAAAAAGUCGUUGGAUGCCCGAGGGAGCUUGACCAUGGUCAAGGAUCACAACCUGUACGUCAAACAUGAAGGAUAUUUAUUUGCUUUGGAUGUGGAGCCCCCGAGCUUUCGAAGUGACGCGGAUGGAGGUGAAAGUUUAGCCGUCUCAUCGGCUAAUAGCUUGUUACAAUUGGUGGGAUUGCGAUAUUCAGCUUGGGCUGGGACCUGUCACCUGGUGAAAAAAUGGAUCGCGUCUAAAAUGUUGGAGUCCGUCCUUCCGGCUGAAAUGAUCGAAGUAAUGUUGGCUGAUGUGUUUGUGAACCCGCUCAAAAACUUAAGCGAGCCAAAAUCCGUAGAGACGGCCUUACUUCGAUUUUUCGAUAUGCUUUCAUUCAAGGAUUUCCACGCGGAGCCCAUUAUUUUCAAUGACAAUGACACCAUCCCUGCCUCCAAGAUCAAUGGCCUCAAGAAGACCAUGGUAACCCACCGAGACACUUUGCCCUUCUUCGUAAUCAUCACACCUAACGAGAAAUCGCCAUCGAGCCUAUCGGCGGGUGUAAAACCGUUCAUUGCCAAGCGGCUGAUCAAUCUCGCCAAACUCACCUUGGCGCAGCUCGUGGUGGACUCGAAUUUGGUGUUGAACGAGUUCAAGAACACAUUCAAAGUAGAUUUGAGUAUCUACGAUGUGAUCAUCCACCUGAAACCCCUUCAAAUUCCGUUCAUUCGUAACAAAGUGGAUGUCAGUGCUACGAAGGAUAUCGACCCCAAGACUUUCCCCGUUGUGGAUUAUAAUCCUGUUCAGUGCUAUUUAAGUGAUCUUCGGGACAGUUAUGGAUCGGUGGCCGACUUCUUUUAUGGUCAAGGAACCCCGGCUAUCGGAGUCAAAUUAACCCGAGAAGCCCUGGAUCAAAUUCCGGUCAAGAGUCGGAAGCAAGGUGGGGGGAAAUUUAUCUUGGGCGGAAAGCGCGUUCACAGUAUAGAGGCAAUGAUUGAAGAUUUUGAAAUUCUUGGUUUUGGUUUGGUCAAAUCGGUUGAGACCAAAUUGAAUUCAAACUGAAUUUACAAAUUUCGUAUGUGGUAAGCCAAACUCUGAAAAAAUAAAUGCGUUGCAAAAAUCACAGAA